CCAAUUCCUCCAGACACAAGCAAAGAUGGGGAGACAGACGCUUUCAUCUAUUGCAUUGCUGCUUCCUCUUCUCGCCAGCACCGCAAAUUCGGCGUCAGAGCCUCCUCGGCCGCGUGGUGUGGGUCCUGAGUUCGCCAAAUUCUACAAAGACACCGAGACAUUCACUUGCAUCUCGAAUCCUAGCAUCAAACUCGACAUCGCGCGAUUGAAUGACGACUACUGCGACUGUCCCGACGGCUCAGACGAGCCAGGCACCUCGGCGUGCUCCUACAUCUCCCCGCUCUCUCCACCGCGGCCCUCAAGAAGGGAGCCCGGCUCUUUUGACGAGACACUAGCCCUGCCCGGCUUCUACUGCAAGAACAAGGGCCACAUCCCCAGCUACAUUCCGUUCACGAAUGUCAACGAUGGCAAGUGCGACUACGAGCUCUGCUGCGACGGCAGCGACGAGUACGAGGGCGUUGGCGGCGUAAAGUGUCCUGACCAGUGUGCGUCGAUUGGCAAGGAGUGGAGGAAGCAGGACGAGGCUCGACAGAAGAGCUUGAACAACGCAAGGCAGAAGCGGAAGGAACUUAUUGCUGAGUCUGGACGCCUCAGGAAGGAGGUCGAGGACCGGAUAUCGACACUGAAGGCUCAGAUUGAGGGUCAGACACAAAAAGUGGAUGCAUUGACCAAGAGCCUGGCCGAGAUCGAGCGCACGGAGAAGGGUAAGGUCGUGAGGGGUGCUGGCAAGGGCGGAAAGGUCACCGUGCUGGCCAGUCUGGCGAAAGAGAGGAUCCGAGAGCUCGCCGAUAACGUCGAGCGUGUGCGCAGAGAGCGCGAUGCCGCCAAGGGGCGGAUCGACGAGCUCGAGGCCAUGCUCAAGCGCUUCAAGGACGAGUAUAACCCCAACUUCAACGACGAAGGCGUCAAGCGCGCCGUUAAAGCGUGGGAAGACUAUGCCGCACAGGACUGGCCUGACUCAGAUGCCGCGCGCGACCGCGAUCUCGACGAGAUGCUGAAGCCUGACUCUGAGAGCGCUAUCAAGUGGGACGAGUUCGAAACAGUCGAAGAGUCCGACGUCGACGUCCUCUACCAGUUCGAAAACUACCUCCCCGAAUCCGUCCGCAGCUGGGUCGACCAAAAGCUGCGCGACCUGCGCAUAACCCUGAUCGAAAACGGUAUCCUCGCCUCCCCUCACACCGACGGCGCCGAAUCUAAAGCCGUGACCGACGCGAAAUCACAACUCGACUCCGCCACGCGCGAGCUCAACAACGACAAAUCCGAGCUCACAAAACACGAGGAAGACCUGACGAAAGACUACGGCCCCGAUUCCAUUUUCCGUGCACUGAACGGCCGCUGCGUAUCCCAGGAUAGCGGCGAGUAUACGUACGAGCACUGCUUCCUCAGCAAGACGACGCAGAAGAGCAAGAAGGGCGGUGCACACACGGGCAUGGGCAACUUUGCGAGAAUCGAGAUCGUCUCCGUGGACGAGACAGUGCCCGCAGAUGGCAAAGGCCUAGGCAGUGGCGAGCGGAUCGCGCUGAAGUAUGAGAACGGCCAGCAUUGCUGGAACGGCCCCAACCGCAGCACCAUGGUCAUUUUGGCGUGCGCGGAGAACGACGAGAUAUGGAAGAUCGUCGAGGAGGAGAAGUGCGUGUAUAGAAUGGAAGUCGGUUCGCCGGCGGUCUGUGGCGUAGAUGUCAAGAAGCCGGAUACACCUGAGCACAACGAGUUGUAAGAAUCGGAGGGGAGGGAAG